AACUUUCAAAGAAAAAUCAACAUAAGAUUGGUUAAAACGAAGUGAAAAGAGGUUAAGACGACAGCUCGUUUCACUUUCCUUUGAUGUCCACCAUUUCCAACUGAGCACUGUACCGGCCAUGCUCGACUCGUGAACUGAACAGCUAACACAAGAUGAAGUACGUUAAGCCCCUAGCCUUGUUCAGUGACCUAAUGAAGACGAAUUCAGUAAAGCAUAAGGGUCGGUUACUUGGGUUAGAUGUUGGUGACAAGUAUGUUGGUUUAGCAAUCUCAGACCCUCUUAAUAAAAUUGCAGCUCCUCUAAGUGUUUUAGUAAGGAAGAAAUCAACGUCCAACAUCGAUUUGAUGGCUGCUGAUUUUCAUCGUCUGAUCUCUGAACUUUCUGUGACAGGAUUUAUUGUUGGCUAUCCUUUCAACAGAUUACAAAGCGUUCCUAAUGCUGUACAAGUGAAGCUUUUGAUCGAUGACCUCUGUAAAACAGGGAAACUUGAAGGUGUAAAAUACACGUACUGGGAUGAGUGCUUCACAUCAAAGAAUGUAGAAUUACUGCUAAAGCCUUUGGAUUUGCAUCUAGUUGAAGCUAAAACCAUAAUGGACAAGUUUGCUGCCGUUGGGAUACUUCAGGGGUACCUGGAUUAUGUUAGCAGGAAGCUGAUACCAGAGGCACCUUAAUAUCGAUUUUGGAACGACUUUUGCUGCCUUCGAACCAACUAGCUCGGGGGGAUUAUUAUAUGUUCGUCUCAUAUGGGGUUUGAUUUUUGGCAAGGAAGGUGGCUGAUCUAUCAAACAUAAAGAGAUGGUGAUGAACUGGUGGGGCACAUGUUAGGUUUUUCCUUGCAUUCAAUGCUCAAUGGCAAUUUAAAAUCUAUGACCUUGUAAUGUGAAUUUAACGCUGUAUCUACUAUCUUGUGUCAUGUUUUGCUUGAUGUUUUUGUCGAUCA